AUGCAUCAAACCACCCUCCACUGCCACCUCACACUCGUCACCCUCCUCCUCCUCCUCCACCUUCCCUCCUCCACCGCGGAGAUAAAAAACAUAACAAUCUCCUCAGACUCCCGCCAUGCCAUCCGUUUGGAGGAAUUCGGCUUCACCACCACUGGCCACCUCUCCAUCACUCUCUCCUCCAUCUCUUUCACUUCCACAACGACACCGCUCAACCUUUCCCUCCUAGCCUUCUUUCUUUCCCCCAUAGACUUACACCGAGACAUCCUUGACAUUGAAAAGAACCCAAAACUUUGCAUCCUCCAAAACCCCCACAUCAACCUCCUCUUCAACUUCCAUAACAUCUCUCUCUCUCCCACCUCCUCUUUCAACCAAACCUUCCCAAUCACCAAACCUAAUGGCUACGACCUCUUCUUUUCCAAUUGCAACCCACAAACCUCCAUCUCCAUGCUAGUACACAUCGAAUUCUUCAAUUUCGACUCAAAUGGCAAUAAGGACUAUCUCUCCUCAGGCCAAACUCAAUUACCCACUGUCUAUUUCAUCUCCUCCCUCCUCUACUUCCCUCUUCUAGUCCUAUGGUUAUUCACAUGUUUCAAAAACAAGUCAUUCAUUCACAAAAUACAUUUCCUAAUGACCACAUUGCUUCUCUUCAAGACCUUGAACAUGAUAUGUGCAGCAGAGAACAAGCAAUAUGUUAAAAUCACAGGAACACCACAUGGAUGGGAUGUCCUAUUUUACACAUUUCAAUCCACUCGAGCACUCUUAUUGUUCACUGUACUUACUUUGAUAGGUUCAGGUUGGUCGGUCGUGAAACCGUGCUUGGAAGAGAUGGAAAUCCUGUUGCUGAUGAUUGGGAUACUACUCCAAGUCCUCUCCAACAUAGCUUGGAUUGUAAUCAACAACACGGGGCCAUUUUUGGAGGGUUGGGUGAUCUGGGUUUGGGUUUUUUUGCUCAUUGACAUAACUACUUGUUUCAUGGCGUCUCUCCCCAUGGCAUGGCGAAUCAACACACUCAAACAAACUGCCAUGGAAGAUGGCAAGGCAGCUCUGAAUCUGACAAAGUUGAGGCUUUUCAGAGACUUUUACAUGGUGUUUUUCGUGUAUGUAUACGUGUCGAGGUCUCUUGUGUUUGCCAUUAGAAUGAAUGCUCCAUAUGAGUUUCAAUGGAUGAGUAAUGUGACAGAGGAGAGUGCAAGUUUUGUGCUGUAUGUGGUGAUGUUUUACUGGUUUAGGCCUAUGGAAGAGAGUGAGUACUGUGGUGUGGAUGAGGAAGAAGAAGAGGCUGCUUUGGUUGCCAUUCACAGUGGAGAGUUUGACAUUGGUUCACCUAUGUUCAUCUUGGCAACAGUUUGA